UGAAGGAGGGGAUGUGGGGUCCUGAAGUCUGCAAUCAUGGCUCAAGAAGAGGAAGAUGGUAGAGAUUACAAUUUGAUGGAGGAACAGAAGGCGAUCAAGGACAAGUAUCUUCCAGCCAAUCAAAAGUAUGAAUAUUUGGAUCAUACAGCUGAUGUCCAGUUGUAUGCAUGGGGAGAUACUCUGGAGGAAGCAUUUGAACAGUGUGCCAUGGCCAUGUUUGGUCACAUGAUAGAAACUAAAACUGUGAAACCCCUCCAAACAGUAGAAGUAGAAACCCAGGGAGAUGACUUACAGCCUCUACUGUUCCACUUUUUGGAUGAGUGGCUUUACAAGUUCAGUGCUGAUGAAUACUUCAUACCCUGGGAAGUGAAAGUACUUAAUAUUGAUCAAAAAAAUUUCAAGUUACGGUCAACUGGGUGAGAAGAAUUUUCAUUGUCCAAGC